UUGACCUCUGACCCGAAGCUGUUAAACCUUUUUGUUGACCCUUCAUACAUUGAUCUAUUAUUGACAUUAUCACCUUCACACGUUAGUCUUCAGCAUGAAGCUGUUGUUUCCACGGAUGCAGCUGUUUGACCAGUAGCGUGUGUCUCCACGGUUACCAGAGAUGCUCACCUCCCCUUCCCCUUCCCCUUCUGUUGUUAGUUUAGCUGUUACCUCCUGUUCACACAUUCAGAGACAGUGUGACACCUGUUGGUGUCUCACCUUGUCCUAUCAGUCAUAUCCAGCUGCUGUGUGACGUGGUUCAGAUGAUCGUUCAGCUCUAACAGGAUAAUUACAGGUGAUUCAAAUAACACCUUCUCCUUUCUCUGACCUCCUUCACCCUUCAUCCUCUUCAUGUCCUUCCCUCUCAUCUCUCCUUCCACUUCCAUCAAUCCAUCCUCCCUCCUUCACAGCAGACCACUUGGCUUGUUUCCUCAGCAGGUCACCCAUCAAAACGCCAUGUCCCCCCUGGCCCCUGGCUCCCCGGCUGCCUCGGCCCUCGAUGGUGGGUGGGGCUGGGCGAUCGUGGCUUCAGGCUUCCUGGCUCUGCUGCUGGGGUACGGGUCUCCUCAGUCGGUGGGCGUCCUCUACCCAGAGUGGUUGCUCACCUUUGGGGAGGGGAAGGCCAUGACGGCCUGGGUGGGCUCACUGGUGGCUGGAGUCGGACUCAUAGUGGGUCCUGUCUGCAGUGUGUGUGUGGUGAAUUUUGGUGCUCGGCCCGUCACCAUCUUCAGCGGUGUGAUGGUGGCGGGCGGGUUGAUGCUGAGUUCCUUUGCUCCCAACGUCCCUUUCCUCAUCUUCUCCUACGGCAUCGUGGUCGGUGUCGGUGUCGGUCUGUUGUACGCUGCCACCCUCACCAUUACCUGUCUGUACUUUGACAAGAGGAGGGGCCUGGCUCUGGGAAUAGUGACCACAGGUGCGAGUGUGGGCGGUUUCCUGUAUGCUACAGUGCAGAGCGCCCUCAUCGAGCUUUUGGGUCUCGAUGGCUGCCUGCUCAUCAUCGGAGCGCUGGCGCUGAACGUGGUGGCAUGUGCUGGCCCCAUGCGACCUUUAACCCCACCCAAAUACUACCUCAAACAACGAGCUGCCAUCUUAGAGCAGCAACUUCAGGAGGAGGAGGAGCUGUCCAAUCAGAAGCCUUCAGCCAAAGAUCAGGUCAUCACCACGGAAACCAAGCAGCCGCCGGUCAGGAGGAGGAGUUUAUUCAGCUGUUCAGCUUUCAUCCAGAUGAUUAAGAUCAAGAUGAGACAGUAUACACAGUGUUUGUCCUCCAUGUUGUCUCUCCUUCAGGACAGAGUCCUCAUGGCAUUGUGCAUCUCUCUCUUCUUCUUCAGCCUCGGCAACUUCCCCCCUCAGCUCUUCCUGGAGGACCUGGCUCAGAGCUCCGGGCUGUCAGAAGGCGUCACCUCCGUCUCCCUGGUCUCCCUUAUCUCCAUCGGGGCCGGUGUGGGUAAGCUGGGUCUGGGUGUCAUGGCUGACGUGCCGCGGGUCGACAGCAUCCUCCUGUAUGCUCUGACGGUCGGAGUGAGCGGGCUGGCGGUCCUGCUCAUCCCCUUCGCCAGUUCGUACCUGGACCUCCAGGUGCUGUCAGUGGUCCUGGGUUUCCUGAGCGGGAACUGGACUCUGACUCCGUAUGUCACCAGUCAGGUGGUUGGUAUGGAGAAGCUCGCCGAGGCUCAUGGGAUCCUCAUGUUCUUUGGAGGCGUCGGCAUCACGCUGGGUCCUCCUGUCAUAGGUUGUUUCUAUGACUUCUGUCAGUCGUACGACGCUGCCUUCUUCAUCAGCGGUGGCGGCAUGAUGAUCAGCAGCAUUGUCCUCUUCUUUUCCGCCGUCUUGCCGCAACCACAAACUCAUCCCCCUACUUCAGUGGCCUCUGGGAUUGAGGUCAUCACAUGUACGGUUACUAUGGUAACAGACACUAACUCACCUGUCACCUGACAGACCGAACAAAUCUGGAUCCACAUCAACACUCUGAAGUUUCGGAGUUGUGGUCCUGAAUGACUUUGCACUCUUCGUUUACAAGAAGGUUUUAUUUUUGUGAAAUCAAACUUUUUUUUUUUACUGACAUAAAAAUGACCAAAUACAGAUUUAUCCUCUCAGUGGACUCUGAGGAUUCUGGGAAAUUUGUUCCUUGUUGCCUGGAAGGCAGUACUCAGGGUCACAGAAGCUCGCUUCACUUCAGAUACAACCCUGGUCUGCGUCUGGACGUAGAAAAGCCAAAUUAGACGAGACAGAGUCUGUGAGUCAAAAUAUUUACAUGAACAACAAAUGACAACAGACAAAACGAUGAUGGGAAUUUUAUCAUCUGAUCCAGAUGUUUUUAAAUAAAAAGGAUUAUUAUUGUCCACAGGCUUAAAUGUUUCAUGGAUUCAUAAUAUUACAGUGUAGAAUAUUAUUGUGUUCAUUAACACAGAUGAUCAUAUUGUUGUUGUUGUUUCCUGCUGUUGAAGAGGAAACAAACAGCAAAUGUCUCAGAUUUACAUUCGCUUUGUUUUUUUUAUUCUUGUUUUUGACAUUUGUUGAAUUUUGAAGUUUUUUCUAAAGAAACGUUGUUUUUGUUUAUCUGACUUGUUUUCUGAUUUCUGUGUAUUUGUAAGUUUUCAUAUCAAUGUUCAGUAAUCAUAUCAAAGAAGACGGGAGUGACUGUGAAAGCAGCAUGUGUCCUGACACAGGCUCAUCGAAGGACGAUGGAAGGCACCUGAAUGUGUGUCUGCAGUAAUCAGACUGUCAGAGGUCCAUCAUGUGUGUCUCAUGUGACU